GUUCUUUUCAUUCGUGCCGUGCAGCAAAGCAACGACAGCGCAUUCGUGUUUACGCUGGAAGACGGACCGACCGGCCACCACUACGACGAUGUACGCGAAAGGGAAAGGGUCAUCAGUGCCCUCAGACUCUCAGGCGAGAGAAAAGUUGGCGCUCUACGUGUACGAGUAUCUGCUCCAUGUAGGUGCACAAAAAGCAGCACAAACAUUCCUGUCAGAGAUUCGAUGGGAGAAAAAUAUUACGCUCGGGGAGCCACCUGGGUUCCUACAUUCCUGGUGGUGCGUCUUCUGGGACCUGUACUGCGCGGCCCCAGAAAGAAGAGACUCUUGUGAACACAGCAGCGAGGCCAAAGCGUUUCAUGACUAUGGAUUUGUGAACAGUGCUUACAACGUCAACGGCAUAGCACAUAAUGCUGGACCAGCCCCAUCUCCAAUCGGCCAGUUGCCGCCAACUGACGGGAUGGGACCCGGCGGUCCCAUGCCUCCCGCUUUCUUUUCAUUUAUGAGUCCCAGAUACCCGCCAGGACCGCGACCAGGAGUACGUAUGCCACAAAUGGGAAAUGACUUCAAUGGGCCACCUGGACAACCAAUGAUGCCAAAUAGCAUGGAUCCGACUAGGCAAGGCGAAGCUGGAGAAUUUGUAGGGUGGCAAGGUCCGCCGGGCAUGAACCCCAUGAAUCCGAGAAUGAAUCCUCCGCGGGGACCGGGCAUGGGCCCCAUGGGUCCUGGCAGUUACGGUCCAGGAAUGAGAGGCCCACCACCGAACAGCACGCUGGGUCCGGGUGGGCCAGGAGGUCCCGGGAUGCCGCCGAUGAGUAUGGCCGCUCCGGGCGGCAGACAACAGUGGCAGCCGAACACAUCUACGCCAAUGAACUACUCGUCGUCAUCACCGGGUAAUUACGGAGGACCGCCUGGGUCAACAGGUCCACCAGGACCCGGCACACCUAUCAUGCCUAGCCCGCAAGAUAGCAGCAAUAGCGGAGGAGAGAACAUGUAUACCAUGAUGAAGCCCGUACCUGGAGGAAACAUGCCUGGUGACUUUCCAAUGAGCGGUGGACCGGAAGGCGGUCCGAUGGGACCUAUGGGUCCUAACACGAUGGGUCCGGUUUUGAACGGUGACGGUCUCGACGGAAUGAAGAAUAGUCCGGCGAACGGUGGUCCUGGAACACCGCGGGAAGACAGCGGCAGCGGAAUGGGUGAUUAUAAUCUGAGUGGAUUCGGAGCUCCUGGCGAGAAUGAUCAGACCGAGUCGGCAGCCAUCCUGAAGAUCAAGGAGAGCAUGCAGGAGGAGGCGAAGAGGUUUGAGAAGGACUCAGAUCAUCCCGAUUAUUUCAUACAAUAACUCUUCACGAGUCGUUGGAUCCCGAGACCAAAUUAACAAUUUAAGAGACAAGCGCAAUCGAUUUCCUUUUCUUCCUUAAUCCAAUAACUAUUCUCCCUUUCCGUCGUGGAGCCAUCCUCCCUCUCCUGUGCGUUCUCCUUCUCGUUCUUCGGUCCUCUGUCACAUCCCUCCAUGGUAAGAUCUUCCUCUCCUCUCUUCUUUCCGAGCCGAAUGGCAUAGACCGAUUUCCGUAACGAAGGGCGCAAGAGGUCCUCUCACGCGACCCAUUCUUUUCUGUCGCGCGCUGCUGCGACGACGAGGAGGACCACGAUGUCGGGACAAGAGAGACCUUCGAGAUGGAGACAAGCGAGCAAUGAGAGCAUCGGUCUCGCGCGACUCUCACGCUCACCGACGUUUUCGUACAGUGAUGUUGUACAGUAUAUCGGAUAUCGACAGUUAUCCUUAAGGUGGUUGUCGUACGCUGCAAGUGAACGAACAACAGAUGCCGGAGAACGCGAUGUCGGAUUUAUUUCAGAAAUUUAUUUCUGUCACGCGUGUACCCCGGAAUGAAUUUAGUGUCCGAAUUUAAAUUCGCAAAUAUUUGCGUCCGCUUUUUCUCGUUUGUUCUUCGUUCACUCAAACCCACCUUAUUUCGGGCUGCAUCAUGAGCAUUGUUCAAGUAUUUUAUUUUGCACAUUACAAAAGUGCUACCGUAUUGAUGUAACAUUUCUCGAAACUCUAUGAUGAGACAAAUUCUAUGAUUGGCGAUUUCUUGAACAAUGUUCUCGAUCGCAGUUAUCCGUUUCGUGCAAUUCCCGUCGCGAUCUCGAGCGCGUCUUUCGUCGUACAGUCGACUCUGUAUCACUCUGAGAAUCGAUUGCAUCGAUUAUAACUAUAAUUACAUGAUGCUUUAAAAUUGUGCUUUUGAAAGUGAAAAGAACUGGCUAAUUAUAUUGGUCAGUCAAAACCCGUUGUUGUCCAUGACGAUAGAUUACUGGUCAAUAUUUGAUUGAUGAAUAAUUUGUUUCUACUGAAUGCAAUAAAGUAAAAUUUAACGCAAAAAUCGAACCGAGCCUUUCGACUGACUUCGGUAGUUAAUCGAUGCGAUCGUAAUUUGAAGAUUCUUUUCAAGCGUGCAGUUUCCUAGGGGUUCAAGUCAUUGUAUGACCAUCGCGUCCCACUGAUUACUGAUGCAAGGGACGCAAUCCAGCUCGUUGACUGUUAUUGUAGAUAGACAGACAAGGGUGAUCAGGGAAGACACGAAAGAAAUUAACCAGUUGAAAUAGAGGAAAGGAGAAAAGAAAAAGCAUUGUUCCACGGAUAAUACGUAAAGCCGACAACAGUAGCGGAAUGAAACUUCACGACUGCGAAGAUGGAAGCUGCGUCAUCCGAUGAUGCGGGUGACUUCUGGUAUUCCGUCACGAUCGAGGACCAAACUCAUUUCUUGCGUACGAUAGGUACGCGACCAUCGCACCACAAACCUUUCGAACAAGCUCACGUAAGGAAAUAGGAUGCCCGAUUUAUCCGUAACCGGUUACGAAGCAUUCCGCUGGUAAUUUCGUGACGAUCAUGAUUGGCGACGUUCUGUAAUAACGAGAUUGAAAUUAUUUCAGUAUGCAAUUAUUUCCAUCAAUUAAAAAAUAAGAAAAAAAGAAAGUAUACUGGAAUAGCCUUUUGUUUUAAAUUGUAACGAGAUUUUGGGUACCGUGAUCAACUGUUCUAAAUUAAAUUAUUGCUUCUUUGGCACUUGACUUGAUUUUAUCGCACGUUAUAUUUUUUUAAGAUUUUUUCCGAGAGAUCAAGAGACGCUUCUUCAUAAAGAUGCUAUUAACUUGUGAAAUUUAUUCUUCCGGAGUAUUUUUAAUUGUAGAGUAUUAUAUAACGAAUUACAUUUUAAUUAUUUAUAAUGCUUAUAUGUUAAUAUGUAAAAUAUGUUUCUUUUUAAACUAAUACGUUUUUAUCAAGUAUUGCAAUACUAGUCGGUAAGUUACCGACCGCAAUUUAGUAUCUUAUAUGCUAUUGAAUAAUUUUGUACGCUGUACAUACAUCCAGCGCGAGCGUUGGGAUCGCGAGAUCGAACGAAGACGAUUACAUGUCUGAAUCCUUGCGGACUCGCGUUAGUGCUUUGUAAUCGGUUGCGCAUAGAUGCUGAAACCAUUACGCGACAUUUUUGAUAGGCAAUAACCGGAUCGAGACCGCAAUAUACGCGCAUAGAAAUGAGAGUGACGAGUGACGUAAGUAAUGUCCAAUCCUUAUCAGACAAGGGAGAAAUCGCUUCCGUAUUUUAUACAUGAUGCGUUCUCCCUCUUGAAUUUGAUGCUCGUUUCUUUUGUUUCUACAAUGCCCCGUCGGCGACUUUGUACACACGGUAUCACACACAGGAAUCUUCGAAAUUGAUGAAACUUCUUGAACAAUAUGCCAAUCAAUAAUUUCAUUGCUAUAUCAUUAAUCGUGAAUCAUUUAUAAAAUCAUUUAAAAUUUUGUAAAAUCAUUUAUCGAGCUGAAGUUUCAAGGGUGAAGAAUCAUCAUCUCUCACGAGAUCGACAAAUGAAGUCACCCCCCGUACACACAUACACACACACACACACACACACGCUCACGUCCGCACACAAGUAAUUACCUCGGUUAUCGCGAAUUAUUGGCUUGGUAUACGAGCGAUUACUUUUCUUGGAGGAGGCAAGAGACACGAAAGAACGAUGAGAUCUCUCGAUCGCUCUCUCUUUCUCUCUCCCCACCGUUCAAUUUAGGAUACCUCCACACUUGCGGAAUUUUGUAUAAAGAGCGGAAUACGCGAGUUCCUCGAGAGUCUUUGGGAGAUUUUAGAGAUCUUCUCUGGGCGUUCAUUAGAUCCGCUCUUCUUGGACGCGCUUUCUGUAUGCCUCUCCUCUUCCUUUUUUCUCUUUCCAAAGCGUAAACGUAGUGGUUUCGUUUUAAGGCGUGAGAAGGUACGAGCGCGGCCGAGAAGAGUGGACUUGAUGAUCUUCAGUCGAGACGUGCCGCGACGGAGAGGAGGAUGUCGAUGAUUUGAUUCCCGAGUUACUUUGACCCAAUCGAAUGAAGCGAAGGGGAACGGAUUAUCGCGAUUCCCCGAUCGACGGUUGCAUCUUAUGUUACAUACGUCCUUGUAUAUGUAUAUUGCUAAGUUUUUAGGUGUAUAUCGGGCUUGAUCAUUAUCUCGCUCUUGUAAGACUUUAUUUAGGAAUGCCGUUGUCGCGUUAACGGCACGCGCGUCUACGAAUUGAGAAAUAAAUUCGCCGAUCGUGGAUAUAGGCUUUUAAUGGAAACAGUCGCUCCGAACGAGUGCCUCUGCGAGCGCGGCACUUUCGGGCGUUUGGUGUCGACAGAUGUGCGGAAGCGAUGUACCAAAUGCACCGGUUCGGCAUGGAUGCGAUCAUGUAUAAUUCGGACACUGAUAUCGCGAUAUCGAGCGAACGUAAAGAGAAACAAAUUCACCCCGAGCGUGGAGGAAUGCAUGUUAGAUUAAUAUUUCAACUACUUUUGAGCGAGUCCAGCGAGUCAGCGUGGAUGGCGGAAAGGAUCGUUCUACAGGCUUCUCAGUACCUUUACUGUCUUCACUGAUCGACACGAGAAGCGAUAUGCUGAUAGCCGAGAGGGAUAGCCGAGUUGGAGAUAAUGAUCGAGUCCCGGUUAUGAAUUUAAGCGUCGCGAUCGAAGGAGAUCGAUCCGAGAUCGAUCCGAGAUCGAUCGCGAUGACGAAGGGCAUAAAAAGAGAAGAGAAUCGUAGGCAUAAAGUCGAGUCGCGCAUGAUCCUCCUGCGCUGGAUCAGCCGGAGGAAGUCGCAGGGUGAGAGCUAAUCGUCAGUGGUCGAUAAUUAACUCGUCGGGUGCGCGUUCUCGACGAAGGCACCCCUGCGUGUCCCGCGGAGCAGCAUCCCACCCUCUCUCCACCCGGUCCUCUCCUCUCUCCUAUCUCUCUUUCCCCCCCUGUUCCACCCUUGUAAUUAAUUUACAUACGCAUAUUCCAUUGUAACACCGUUCACACACGGGCUGUAAAACUCGCGCGGCUGACCUCACGCAUUCUACGGACUCACGCAUGAUUAUCGAUAUAAUUAUAGAUACCUAUUACGAAUAUAGCAUUCAGUAGCGUAAUUAAUAAAAGUAAUUAAAUAAAUGUCAUCUAUACCC